CCUCGCCAGCCCUUUAAACCGGCUGCGCGGCGCCCGUGCUCAAGGAGACUCGGGACGGAGCCGGCGGCCUGAGGAUGCCCAGGGGCAGCAGGAGCGCGGCGGCCCGGCCGGCUGCAGUCAGCAGUGCAGCCCCAGCUCAUGCUCACCCACCAGCUCAUCCUCCACCUUCAGCUGUUGCAGCCCCAGGUCAGCCCCAGCAGCCUGGCCUGAUGACCCAGAUGGCUACCACUGCUGCCGGGGUUGCUGUUGGAUCUGCAGUGGGCCAUGUGGUUGGCAGUGCUCUCACUGGGGCAUUCAGUGGCGGUAGCAGCACUGAGCCAGCGAAACCAGCCAGUACUAUCCAGGAGCCCAGGCAGCCUGCGUUCCAGCAGCCACAGUAUGGACCUUGCCACUAUGAGAUGAAGCAGUUCUUGGAAUGUGCUACCAAUCAGAGUGACUUGACCUUGUGUGAAGGUUUCAGCGAGGCACUGAAGCAGUGCAAAUAUAAUAAUGGUGUCUCCUCCCUCUUGUGAAGACAUUCAGCGCUAACACAGGGAAACAGGAGCCUGGAGUACAGACAAGAACGGAAGCGACUAGAAGGAAUAGCUAGUGACCAAAGUAACCAGGUGAAGGGAAUGAUAGUCCGACCAGCGGAAAGAACCACUUAGCGCUAACAUGCUUCUAUAAUUGCCAGGAAAGAACAAUGGUUGGAAUUUGAUUGGGCUUUUAGAAUCCAGAUCUCGUUUGAUUUGCUACAGUGAAAUAUGUAAUAAAAGGAGAUGGUUUAUUUUAAUCUAUGAAUGGUUUGUAUGUUGUGUUUUUUACUGUAGAUUAAACUGCAGGAUGUCAUUCUAAUCUCUGAAUGUGUUUUCUUCAUCUCCUCCCCAAACAAGGGAAGCGGAAUAAUUUAAAAUCCAUGUAGCUGGAUGACUCAGCAAAACCAAACAAGGCCAGGCCUGGAUUUCCUCUCACAGGACACGUAUACGACCCCUGCUGUACUAUGUUUAUCUGCUCAGAAGGCCAGAGCAGAGAGAAUUUUUAAGAGCACUGCCUUGCAAGUGCUUCAUUGACUAGGAUUCUUGUAAAUCUCAAUAUCCUCUCAGCUCACGGACAUGACGGGGACAGAGGUGUGGAAGGAAAAAUGUGACCUGGUCAAUUGCCUGACUAAGAACACAGCUGGCUGAUCUUAUUUUGGGUCUUAGUGGGUUAAGUAAUAUGCUGAUGCUAAUGACCUUCAGGUUAAGUUCGCUGGUGCCACAUGCAGCUUUAACAUUGGACUAGGAGCUGCAAGGCUUCAUCUAACAAAAUCAGGUACAACUAGUCAGUAAUUGAAAUGCAUUUGACACUCCACACAGACCUGGCUCUGCAAAAAGCCAACAUGUUCAGUUUUAUGGGCUAUGGAGCAACUCAGGUUACCUUGGCACAAGUGAAACUGACACUAACAGUCAGCAGGCUUCAGCUGGAAGGAAUGUAGCUGCUGUGUGACCAGCAAAAGACUGCUUUGCAUACUAAUGUUGGUUUUUCUUUACAGAUGGAUAAAAUCUCUUAACUCUUGGUUAUUUUAGUUGUCAUAGCGUUCUAGCUGCUGCUGAACACUGGACAGUAUUGUCUGAAUCUCAUUCCUUGUAUGGAUUUGUAAGGAAGACAGUGGCUGGAAACCAUCUAUGCUGGUGCAGUUCUGUUACUCUUUGCUGUUUAGCAAAACUGGGAAGCUGUAUUUCUCCUCUAAAACUAUCAAAACAGUGGAUAUACCCCAGU